AUGUCGCAGUCUUACCACUGCAGUCAAAUAAAUGUGCUGCCAUUCUCCAGCAUGGAUCCUUCUCUUUGUCUGGGAUUCCUCCUCAACACGAAGGCCGAGCGAGAUGGCUUCUUCUCCACGUUUGAACUGAAACAACGAUUAGAAACGACGCCGCUCUUUAAUGUCGUACAGAUGGCCAACCCAUUUGCUCAGACCUCCGGUGCAGAUACGGGUGACGUGGUGUCAGGAUCUGGCUCGUGCGAGGACUCCAAUUCCGAUGAUUUUGAGAUUAUUUGA